CUGACAGUGUUCACGUUAGCUAGUGUUCAGAUGGAGCAGCUCUGGCAACAGAAGAAGCAGGUUAUAUUAUUGAUUACCUGCUGCAGCAGACAGUUGCACCAAGAUUCAUUUUUACGAGCACAGAUGAAGCAGAGGAGGCUCUACUGAGCACUGCUGUAAUUAUUAGUAUUGCUUUCUUAAGACUUCAUUAAAAAUAGAACUGGAUACACAUGCUGAAUUUCAUCUGUGAAAGGUGGAGUAAGAGCCUGGGCACCUGACUCUGGCAUCAGUGCUGAAUGCCUGAAACUGGAUGGUGCUACAGCCUCAGCUUAGGAGCUAAUGCAACAACUUUCCCUAUGAAGAGGGAGUUCAGCAAUGGAAGAAUUUGAAGGAGAAAGGCCUAUAUGAGGAUGUGGAUUUAACUGAUAUUAUGGUAUACAAAAUCCCUCCUCACAUAAGGAAAAGAGCCCUCUCAUGGUGAUGUUAGAGGAAUAGCCGUUGGAGACAACCUGCUGCACUCUGCUACUCUGUGAGGCAAACAUCAGUAAAGCCAAGCAGCCAGAAAAAAAGGGCUCUUCAUGAGAAAAUGACAGCAAGAGAACACAGCCCCCGCCAUGGUGCCAAAUCCCGCACUGUGCAGAGGGCCUCCACCAUUGAUGUCACCUCUGACAUGGUUGGCCUUUCUCUGACAGGAAACAUUCAGGAUCCAGAUGAGCCGAUUUUAGAGUUCAGUUUAGCUUGCAGUGAGCUGCUAACUCCAUCGCUAGAUCGAAAACCAAAUAGUUUUGUAGCAGUGAGUGUAACUACACCUCCCCAGGCAUUCUGGACGAAGCAUGCACAGACAGAAAUUAUUGAGGGAACAAGUAAUCCUAUCUUUCUAAGCAGCAUUGCCUUUUUCCAAGACUCACUUAUCAAUCAAAUGACACAAAUCAAACUCUCCGUGUAUGACGUCAAAGAUAGAUCUCAGGGAACAAUGUAUUUGUUGGGUUCUGGGACAUUCACUGUAAAGGAUCUUCUUCAGGAGAAGUACCACAGGUUGCACAUAACACUAAGGUCCUCCUCCAAAAAAAUCUCAACGCAGAGUAUUUGUUGCAGGUCGGCUGAAAGUGACCGUGUUGGUAACAUCACAGUUAUUGGAUGGCAGAUGGAGGAAAAAUCUGACCAAAGGCCUCCAGUGACAAGGUCACCUGAUACAAUUAAUGGAAGGACUGUGUUGCCAGUUGAUGAAAGUUUAACAGAAUCCUUAGGAAUCAGAUCCAAAUAUGCUUCACUGCGGAAGGAUGCACUACUGAAAUCUGUGUUUGGUGGUGCCAUUUGCCGAAUGUAUCGUUUCCCAACCACCGAUGGAAACCACUUGAGAAUCUUGGAGCAGAUGGCAGAGAGCAUCCUGUCACUGCACAUCCCAAGACAAUUUGUGAAGCUGCUUCUGGAGGAAGAUGCAGCAAGGGUUUGUGAACUAGAAGAAUUGGGAGAACUGUCUCCUUGUUGGGAAAGCCUUCGUCGACAAAUAGUUACACAGUACCAAACAAUUAUUUUAACUUACCAGGAAAAUCUGACUGACCUGCACCAGUAUAAAGGUCCUUCAUUUAAAGCCAGUAGCUUGAAAGCUGAUAAAAAACUGGAGUUUGUUCCUACAAAUUUACAUAUACAGAGGAUGAGAGUCCAGGAUGAUGGAGGAUCAGAUCAGAACUACGACAUAGUCACCAUAGGAGCACCAGCAGCUCAUUGUCAAGGCUUUAAAUCGGGUGGUUUGCGGAAAAAGCUGCAUAAAUUUGAAGAGGCAAAGAAACACAGUUAUGAGGAGUGUUGCACUUCAACAGGCUCCCAGUCUAUAAUAUACAUCCCACAGGACAUUGUUAGAGCAAAGGAAAUUAUUGCACAAAUCAACACCCUGAAAACGCAAGUCAGUUACUAUGCAGAAAGGCUCUCAAGAGCUGCCAAGGACAGAUCAGCUAAUGGCCUUGAAAGAACACUUGCCAUCCUAGCAGAUAAGACCCGGCAACUUGUCACAGUUUGUGACUGCAAGCUGUUGGCAAAUUCAAUACAUGGACUGAAUGCUGCAAGGCCAGACUAUAUAGCUUCAAAAGCAUCUCCAACCUCUGGAGAAGGGGAACAAGUGAUGCUAAGGAAUGAUCAAGAUACCCUUGUGGCCAGAUGGACAGGGAGAAACAGCCGAUCUUCUCUGCAGGUGGACUGGCAUGAAGAGGAAUGGGAGAAAGUUUGGUUGAAUGUUGACAAAAGUCUGGAGUGUAUCAUCCAGCGAGUGGACAAACUUCUCCAGAAGGAGCGCCUGCAAAGUGACAGCUGCGAGGACGUUUUCCAGUGUGACGUCAGCAGUACCAGUAAGAAAGGUAAUCGGGACAGUCGUGCCUACUGGAUAAAUCCAGAAGAUUUAAAUGAGACCUCAUCAUCCUCACCAUCUUCAUCAUCCUCACCACCAUCUUCAUCCACACCAUCCUGUGCAUGCCAUUCUCUCAAGACAAAUUGCAGCCCUACUCCGGAAGAAUCUGCUCCAGGUGAAUGGAGUGAAGCUCUUUAUCCCUUGCUGACCACACUCACUGACUGUGUAGCCAUGAUGAGCGACAAGGCCAAGAAAGCCAUGGUGUUUUUAUUAAUGCAGGACAGUGCCCCGACAAUAGGGCUCUGCCUGAGCCUUCAGUAUCGCAGGGAUGUUGUCUUCUGCCAGACUCUGACAGCUCUCAUUUGUGGUUUCAUUAUCAAGUUGAGGAACUGCCUGCAUGAUGAUGGAUUUCUAAGACAACUCUACACCAUUGGCUUGCUGGCACAGUUUGAGAGCCUGCUGAGCACUUAUGGUGAGGAGCUGGCAAUGCUGGAGGACAUGAGUUUGGGAAUCAUGGACUUAAGGAAUGUAACCUUUAAAGUAACUCAGGCUACAUCAAAUACAUCUACUGAUAUGCUGCCAGUCAUCACUGGAAAUCGUGAUGGAUUUAACGUGAGGAUCCCUCUGCCAAGCGCCUUGUUUGAUUUGUUGCCGCGUGAGAUUCAAAGUGGAAUGUUACUGAGGGUUCAGCCUGUUCUUUUCAACGUGGGAAUCAAUGAGCAGCAAACCCUAGCAGAGAAGUUUGGAGACACCUCACUGCAAGAAGUAAUUAACAUGGAAAGCUUAGUGAGGUUGAAUUCAUAUUUUGAGCAGUUCAAGGAAGUUUUGCCUGAUGAUUGUCUACCUCGAUCUCGUAGUCAGACGUGCCUGCCUGAACUGUUAAGAUUUCUGGGACAAAAUGUUCAUGCAAGGAAAAACAAGAAUGUAGAUAUCCUUUGGCAAGCUGCUGAGAUAUGCCGCAGACUUAACGGUGUUCGGUUUACGAGCUGUAAGAGUGCCAAGGACAGGACUGCCAUGUCCAUCACCCUGGAGCAGUGUUUGAUCCUCCAGCAUGAACAUGGAAUGGCUCCACAGGUCUUCACUCAGGCUCUGGAGUGUAUGAGGAGUGAGGGUUGUCGCCGAGAAAAUACAAUGAAGAAUGUUGGAUGUCGCAAGUAUGCAUUUAAUUCCCUGCAACUGAAGGCUUUCCCAAAGUAUUACAGGCCUCCAGAAGGAACUUAUGGAAAAGUUGAAACAUAAGCAUACUAUGUCCUUUAAUUGCUGUUCCAUUAAAACAUGUGGAUACACUCUAGAUUAACACAUGAUUUUGUCAUCCAGAAGAGAUAAAUAACCUUUUUGUAUGUUUCGUUAGGUCAUACAGAGCAUGUUACUGAAUUGGAAUCUAUAGUAACAAUUAUUCUGACACCUUAGCUUGAGAAUAGUGUGAUGACUCUCUGCCCGUUUCAAUAGCCUUCAGUGUAUGUAAGAUGAGCAGAUACUGUGCUACUUAAUAAUUACCUAUAUGCAAAUAGCUAGGUACCUCCUGGAUGGGCAAGGACUCUAGGAACGGCAUUUAGGCAGCUGUUUCCAUGACAUCUUUUUAUACUGAGUUGAUUUCAGAUUGAGCUUUUCCUAAACUUUUUAAAACUGAGAGUAAAACUCAAAAGUUGUAAAUAAAAAGGAUCCUAGACAGUUUAGUAACUGUAGAACGCAUUGUUACAAUCAAUAAAAGGGGGUUUGAUUAAAAAAAAAAAUCAGCACAAUAAGGGCCAGGAGAAGGAAUUGUUUUACUGUAUAUAGGAUGCCACCUUCAUGUAUGAAAUUAACAAUAUAUAAAAGGCCAGACAUGUGAGGUCUGGUUUAUAAUUCUGUUAAAAUACAAAUUCCUGUCAUCUUUGGCAGAUAAGGCCUGGGGCACACAACUGAUUUUUAAAAGUAUUUCAGAAACAUGGUGAUGCUUAACUAUUAAUGCCAGCAACAGUUCCUCAUGCCCUUCCCCACUCUAAGGCAAGUGCAACAAGCAAGUUGCUGAUGUUGCACAUGAUGUGUGCAGAAUAUUCCAUGGUGUUGUACAUUAAUUAACACAUUUUUACCCAUGGUUUUUUUUAUAUCACUUCUGGAUUGUAAGCCUCAGUAUGUCGGGGCGUUACGUUAUUUUGGUCAGUGUACGAUUUUUCUGUAUCGGUUUUGUAUGUCAUUACCAAAAUACUCAAAAUGCCCAAUGCAUCCCCCUUGCUCCAAAAUCAAAAUUGGUUUCUGUUUACCUUUGCAUUUCACCUGUUGAGAGUUCUGGUGGGGGGAAGUGUGGCCGGUGUCAGGGUAUUUCUGAGGAAGGUGGCAUUGCCCUGUGUUGACAGAGAGGAACUGCUCAGUGCUACUGCUUGUGCCUGAGAACCACAGGUGGGUUCUAGCUCAUGACAAAGGUGGUCAGUUGGAUAGCAUUUGAUAAAAAAUGUUCAACAGAUCUCCUCUGAAAUAAUCUCCCAAAGAAUGCCUUUGAAACUAAGAUAGCAUUUUAAAAAGCAGCUAAACAUUCAUUUCCAAAUUUUAACAGGAUCCAGUAAUCUCUAGCUAGUUUCAUUCAGCACAUGUCCUUUCCUUCUUGGUUUCUAAGGAUCUGAGUUUUAGAAUAGAAAAAAUCUGCCCAUUUAUUCUUGUGGGAGUAGCAACAGCCAGGUAAGUAUGUGGCUGUUUUCUGAUUUCUUUCUCCCUCUCACUGAUGUUUGUCUGUGCUGUCACUGCUCUAUCAAUCAGCCAUGUUCAUUCUGCUCCCAUGUAGGUUUGGGGGUUACAGGUCCAGCAGUUUUUGCAUUUUGCUUUUUGCAGUUUAACACUGAGCAGCAUGUCACAAAGCCAGGUCAGAGAGUUCUGCUGAACUAGGCUGUUACCAUUAUUACAGACUCUUUAGGAUAACAAAACAUGGAAUUCUGUGCAAAAGCAAUGUAUUGUAGUACCUACCCCAGGUCUGAACAAAUCAGCUGCAGCAGAACAGUCCCUCAGAAAUGUUACAAACCCUGUUUGCCAAUUAAUGAAUGUUGGUUUUGUUUUAUUUUUUGCUAAUAAGUAAACAAAUAUAUGAUGAAAAAUUUUUCAAUGGUAUCUCUUUAGACAUGCUACUCCAUUAGUUCUGCUCAGCCUUCAGUCCCUGGCCCAUUAUUAAAUGCUACUUUAUUUUUGUAUAAACUAUGCUCUUUAUAUCCCUUAGUUUUUAUGAGUUGAUAAUUUUAUUUUGUGUAUUUCAAACGUGGUUAAUUUUAAGUUCUGUAUUGUUACACUAAAAAUCUUCCAAUGUUCGGUUUCAGAAGGAAAUAACAAAUGUCUCUUGUAACAAUUAGCAGCGCCACUCUCUUAGAUGGUGGCCAACAAUCAUUAGACCUGCUAUAGAGCUUAGCAAUCCUUUAUUUAUUUUGUAUAGCAAUGUAAUCUGACAAAGUUGCUGAAUUUUGCUGAAGUUGUUGAAAUUCUGCGCGCGGUGGAGCCGCAGCCCCGGGUGUCGCGGGGCUGUUCCGGGGCGCUGGGCUGCCAGCGCCGUGUCCCCGCAGUGCACCCUGGACAUGGCACUGCCAGGAUGGGCACAGCAUUGCCAGGAUGGGCACAGCACUGCCAGGAUGAUCAUGGCACCGCCGGGACGGGCACGGCUCUGGCUCCUCCCGAGGGCAGCGCCGACAGCAAGGGCUCGAGCGGUGCCUCCAGAGAAAACUGUGACACGUGAAGUCCACAUGAGACCCUCACAAGGGGGAAGGGAGCUUUUCUGUUGCACAGGAGAGGCAAAUCUAAGGAUUACUGUAAAAUGAAGUUCUGUCUAAUGUUCCUUUUUUGAGUACAUUUUUUAAAUUAUAAAACAUACAAAGGUAAAAGAAGAAAACUGUUGCCAAGUAUGUUCUGUGUAUGUUCUGUGAAAGUACCUACAGCACAGUUGCCUUUUUUUCAUUUAUACGUGUAAAAUUAUUGUAUUAUAUGACACAGUUUUGUCCCAACACAACUGUAUUUGCUAAGCUUUGUGCAUUGAAAUAUUUUUAUUUAUUUGGUUUUGGGCAGUAUUAAUAUAUCAUAAACAUAUGGCUACUGUUUUAUAUAUUCUAGUUCAUCCAAUCCAUGUAUGCUGUAAAUGUGCUAGUCUUUAGGAUGAAAACCAAUAAAGAACUGACAAGAGUAACAA